UGCAUUUGCAUUUCAUUAGAUUGAAUUUCAAGGACUACAUUUUACACAUUUAACUGUAUAUGACAUUCAGAGAUAAAUACAUUCCUUCAUAUGUUUGAAUAAACUGAUACACGUGCUUUUAUCCCAUCGACCCAAACACCUUAAUACUCCUCCAUUCACAUCAGCUGUGAACCCGCUUAAAUCCUAUAUGGUCUGAUCCGCCACUGUCUCUCUCUCCAUCUGUAAGCAGGAAACUGGAGCAUAAAAGACUCUUAUUCUCCAUAAUCAAGGUCAAGAGCGUUUUUCAAUAACCUUUGGGAAUUAAACCCUGCAACGGCGCCAGUUCACCCUGCCAAUCAUUUCCACAGCCAGCUGAAUAAAUCAGAAGUUGUUGACCUUUUACACCUCAACAGACCAAUACGCUGUGUAGCUUUAUUUUAUUAAAAGGAGUUUACGCAAUUAUCUAUUAAUAUUUGUAUUGUGUUUUGGAUUCCCUCUCGGCGGCGUGAUAAAUAGUUUCAAAUAACAGAUGGUGCUAGAGGGGGAGACAAAGCAGGGAAAUCUGGUAGCAAUUAUCCUCAAUUAUGUUCAUUGUUAUUUUGAGCUAAUUAUUGUUAUUGUCACUUUUGUUUGUGAGUCUUGCGGCGCUAGCCUGCAAUGAGCAGGCCGACGGAAGACAAUGGGGAACAGGGAUAUGUUGUGACGCUGAAAUAUGGCUUUCAUAAUUGAGCCUAACCACUUGGUCUAAAUAAAACUUAGAUCUACAUGUACAGGCUGAGGUUUCAUAUCAAAGUCACCAAAUGUCUGCAGCUGAAAGGAGGCUAAUAUUAUUUUAUUAAUAUUAGUAUAUGAAUUGUUCUUUCUUUAAAUUGCAGUUUUUAGAGGCAGUAAAACCCUCACUGUGCAGCAUUGAGACCAAUAAUUAAUUUGGUUGAUUAGAUUUUUUAUUUUAUUUUUUUGCCGUGAGAAUUUUGAAUAAAAAUUAGAAAUAAGCAAAUAAUAUUUUCAUGUCUUGUCUUAAAAAGUUCCAAUCAAAGGCAACAAAAUUCAGAAGUGUCUUUUUUUGUUUUUGUUUCCUUAUUUAGCCUAAUAUUUCCAUGAUACUCUUGAUACACGGCACUCAAGUCGUGCGUAAAAGUAGAUUUUUAAGAUAAACUAAGUAAGUCGUGAUUGUCCUGUAGCCGAGAAAUGUCCACUUAUUCCAGCAUCAUGAGGGCCAGUCUGCAGCCGACUCUGCUCUGCAUGGGCAGAAACAAACUUUCCCGGUCGAUUUUCAGUGUCGUGGUGCGGCACAAGAAUUAAUCUCCACGUUUACAAAGAAGAGACGUUUUUGCAAAAGGACAGAGAGGGUACCCGGACCGGGCAGGGGACGAUAGAGGGACCGAGGAGCGGAGCUCUGUGGCCGCUGCAUGGGGCGGACCUGACUCCACACUCGCCUUUGGGGGCGUCUCCUCUCCUCUUCUCUCCUCCCGUCCUGUCCCCUCCCCUCUCUCCCUUCUCAUCCUAGCUCCCUCUCUCUCCCCCCGGGGCGGGAGAAGCCCGUGUUUGGUUCUCAGAGAGAGUCCUUUGGGAAGAGUCACAAAGCGUUUUCCUCAGAGAGGGAGCGGAGUGGCGAGAGCUCGGGAGUCAUCCGCAGGAAGCAGCGCUGCUCUGGACACCACAGACCCCAACACGUCCCGGACCACUGGGCUGAGGGAGAAGAAGAGAAAGCAAAGAGCGGAAAGAGGAAGAAAGAAGUGUCAGAUAGUGAUGACAUCCGAUCCGGGUGCUAGUUGAUCUCUCUUUUCUGUCUGACAGCUUGAAGUGUGGAUCUCCAGGCGCACCAGGAGUGACUUUUUAACACCUUUUCGCACUGGGUCAGUCCGCGCCCUGACGUCCUUUUGGCGAUUUAAAUCCGUAUUUUAAAUGUUUGGACAUUUUGGAUCGUACUAUUCCGAUAUGAUUUCCUCUCCGUUUUAGCGCACUUCCUCAGGACUAGAAUUAGAGGAAUAAACAGUCAACUGCUUGAUUUCCAGCGAAGCGCACGCAGCAGCCGCAGCAAAGAGCGCACCCACGUUGCUCCUCUUGAAUCAGAGUGAAGGAUCUACAGGAGAACAAGUGCACAGCCAGGCGGGCAGAGACCGAGAAACAGAAGGACAGGCACCGAGCUACGGAGGUUUGUUAAUGUUUGGGAUCCAGGAGAGCAUCCAGAGAAGCGGCAGCAGCCUGAAGGAGGAGCCGCUGGGAGGCAUGAACGCCGUCCGGAGCUGGAUGCAUGGGGGCGGCGUGCUGGACGCCAACACGGCCGCCCAAAGUGGAGUGGGUCUGGCCCGGGCUCACUUUGAGAAGCAGCCGCCCUCCAACCUGCGUAAGUCCAACUUCUUCCACUUCGUCCUGGCUCUAUAUGACCGGCAGGGUCAGCCGGUGGAGAUCGAGAGGACCAACUUCGUGGACUUCAUCGAGAAAGAGAAGGAGACGAGCGGAGAGAAGACCAAUAACGGGAUUCAUUACCGGCUGCAGCUUCUUUACAGUAACGGCAUCAGAACAGAGCAGGACUUUUAUGUUCGACUUAUAGACUCCAUGACAAAACAGGCAAUUGUUUAUGAAGGCCAAGACAAGAACCCAGAGAUGUGCAGAGUGCUGUUGACACAUGAGAUCAUGUGCAGUCGGUGCUGUGACAAGAAGAGCUGUGGAAACCGUAAUGAGACACCCUCAGACCCUGUUAUCAUCGACAGAUUCUUCCUCAAGUUUUUCCUCAAGUGCAACCAGAACUGUCUAAAAAAUGCAGGAAACCCACGAGACAUGAGGAGGUUCCAGGUGGUGGUAUCGACUACAGUGAGCGUGGAGGGACACGUCCUGUCAGUCUCUGACAACAUGUUCGUCCACAACAACUCCAAACAUGGCCGACGGGCCCGCAGGCUCGACCCUGUGGAGGGAACGCCGUCUUACCUAGAACACGGUUCAGCUCCCUGCAUUAAAGCCAUCAGUCCCAGCGAGGGGUGGACUACAGGGGGCGCUACAGUCAUCAUCAUAGGGGACAACUUCUUCGAUGGUCUCCAAGUCAUCUUCGGUACCAUGCUGGUUUGGAGCGAGCUGAUCACACCGCAUGCCAUCCGGGUGCAGACGCCUCCCAGACACAUCCCCGGGGUCGUUGAGGUCACUCUGUCUUACAAGUCCAAACAGUUCUGCAAAGGCACACCAGGAAGGUUCAUAUAUACAGCACUGAAUGAGCCAACCAUAGACUACGGUUUCCAGAGGCUUCAGAAGGUCAUCCCUCGGCACCCCGGGGAUCCCGAGAGGCUGCCAAAGGAGGUUAUUUUGAAGCGAGCUGCUGACCUGGUGGAAGCCCUGUAUGGUUUGCCCCAUAACAACCAAGAGAUCAUCCUGAAGCGUGCAGCGGACAUUGCAGAAGCUCUCUACAGCGUUCCACGAGGACACACCCAGCUCCCCGGUUCCACCCACAGCGGCAUGAUGGGGGUCAACUCUUUCACCGGGCAGCUGUCUGUCAACGUGUCCGAACCCACACAGACCAAUCAGGGUUUCGUGCGCAGCAGCAGUAGUGUGUCACCUCACGGUUACGUGCCCAGCUCUACGCCUCAGCAGACCGGUUACACCUCAGUCACCAGCACCAUGAAUGGCUACGCUAACAACACCGGCAUGACCAACCUGGGAGGCUCGCCCACUUUCCUCAACGGCUCUGCGGCCAACUCGCCUUAUGCUAUUGUCCCAUCCAGUCCCACUAUGGCCUCCUCCACCUCUCUCCCCUCCAACUGCUCCUCCUCUUCUGGCGUCUUCUCCUUCUCUCCGGCCAACAUGGUAUCGGCGGCCGUUAAGCAGAAGUCUGCCUUCGCUCCAGUGGUCAGGCCCUCUUCCUCCCCUCCGCCCUCCUGUACCAGCGCCAACGGCAACGGGCUCCAAGAUCAAACAUUUGUGGACUCUAGCAAGUACUCAACAGCCAGCUCUCUACAAGGCCUGGCCUUCACCUGAACAAUCCCGGGAAUGAUCAUCCCACCCAUGUAAAGGUGUGAGUGCAUGAUUGUGUGUGUGUGUGUGUGUGUGACUGUGUGCGAGAUGAAGCAAGCACACUCACACCGAUCCUGGUGGAGGAUUUCGGUGCGAGUCAGACUCCAGUCGGGGAUGGAAGCAGCUGUCCCGAUCUGAAGGAACAAACCCAACUCAGGCCCUUUCUAACACAAAAACAACUGCAAGAAAACAGACGAAAAAAAACAAAGACCGUUUGCAAGGAACGUUGUUUAGACUUUGUACACCUUGAUGCUUUUAUAGGAGAACGGCCACGCCUACAUUAUGACUCUCCAUGGGCACAGGAAGUGUAUUUAUUUUGGAGAGAAUCCACUUUUUUUCCUUGAGUGAUAGUUGAUUUGUUUUACUUUUCAUGCAACAGUUAAGCUGAUAAUCAUCUUCUGACUGUAUCUCACAUGAGGGAUUUUCUAUUUAUGAAGUUUAGUCAUUAAUGAAGGAAUAUAAUGUGAACAAUACCUGACAAGGAUGAUGAUGAGUAAAAACGAUGAUGAUGUAGAAGCUGCAGGAUUCAUACAGGGUCGAAUCCAGCUGACACAGACAAGCCAACACACUUUCACUUCUCUUUGCCAAAUCCACACCACCGUCACUCUUUCAGCACCAACAACAAGUCUUCCUCUGCGUUUAUUCGAUCAGCUGAAGGAUUCAGAUGCGUCCCGCCUGCGAAUGAUGCUGCAGUUUUAGCCAUUUCAGAAAUCCCGAAGUUUACUUUGAACUCGCUUCACAUACAUCUGCACUGCUGCUCCUGUGUGAUACAUUUUCUAGAAAGAGAAAAUCAUUGCUGCAGCGCUAAUUCAGGAUAGAUUUGACGAGCUAAUUGUAAAAAGGCCAUAAACAAGUGCAGUGCAUAGGAGUGUGUGAUUACUGGGUGCCAACAGCAGCUUCACUGUUGAGGAUCUGACCCAAAAACUCUGCCACUGAGUGAGUCCAUCGGCCCUGUUACCACAUGAUAUGUCAUAAAGUCGGACUCAGCCACAGCAACCUCUGUAAGAGGGGGAACAGGUCUUAAAGACUGCUGCCAUUUUGACUUUGAUUUUGUUGUGUGAGAGUUGCCUUCUCAAAUUUUUUGUCUUAAUACAUGAAUCCUUAUUUCUGUUUUGUUUUUCUGCUGGUUUGCUGUGUUGUUAAUGUUUUUACUGUGAUCAGCCGGCCAAUCAGAUUGUGUUUCUUUUGUUACCUGCCCACUUGUCUGGUGUGAUUGACAACUUGAGUGAGACAAUUAUCCAAUGGUGUGUCUUAAAUGCUGCGCUGCAAAGAAUGUCAAGCCAUUAAAUCUUCAACUAAGUCUUAUUUUGUGAAAACAUCUGCCACUGAUGUUCACUGAGGUACACUUGUUUCAAAUCUGCCCUUGAGUUUAGUUCAUCAACAUGUCUUAAAUGCCCAGUGUGCAAGACUAAGAAAAGUAUGUGAUGGUUUGUUGUGAAAGUUGCUGCUCCCUCAGCCCUGCAGUCUGAGCUAACAGCUCAGUGUGUGUGAUUCAACAGUCUUAAUUAAUUUAUGAUGAUGUUAGUUUUGCCAAAGCCCUUAUUUGACAUUAGACAUUAAUGCCUAAACAGUCUUACGCCACACUUUCCAUGCUGCUUGUCAUUUCUUGUCAUACACAGUCAGAAACUGUGCAAGAAUGCCAUACUAUGUACAACUGUCAGUGCUUAAUUAAAGCAGCAUUUUCACACAUGCAGCAGGUAGUGUUCACAAAUACAUCUUUAUUGUUUGUUCGUCAUUCAGGUCGAUGACAUUUUCCACAAAUGGAAAUUAUUUUAAAGUGAAUGUCUUAACUGGACAGAAACCCUAACUAGCAUCAUGUGCUGAUACAGUAAAUCCCUCCUGUUUGAUAAACAGGAAUCAUUUGUAACUCCUGCCUGAGGAGAUGUGGACCUCCAGCUGCCUGGAUGUUAGUGCUCAAUAAAAAGGGAAGAAGAAAAUACUAAACAUCCUUCAGUUUUUAAAUUUAAACUAAAUGAUUGAAAGCCACCUCCUCAACCAGAAGUCAGUAGCCUCAGCGACUAAGACUGAAGGUCUGUCAUUCAUGUGUGAUCAAAAAUUAGGAUGAACGAUUAGGGACGUUAUCAAGAAUUUGAAAAAACAUUUUAAAAAUAACAGUUGUGACUUUAGAAAAAACAACUGAAAUCCUGAAAAACAUCCUGAAAACUGAUCAGAUGUAUUCCUCAUUUGCUUUGUCUCUCAUGUCUAAGGAUUUGAAUGUUAUUAAGACAUCGUAUUUGUUUUUGUAUUAUAGUGUCUGUUUAUUAAAAGCCAUACUUCCACUGCUAAUUUCAAUCAAACUAAAAUAAGCCAUGGUGUAUUUUUUUAAUCAUUUGUAAGUCUAAGAAGCAGGAGGAUGUUUUUCAUUUUGUCACAAUGUUGUUUGUAUCAUUAUUGUUAAAGUUUGCAUAAUUUUGUUGCAUUAUCUACGUGUAGAGUUCAUAAAUAUGUCAUUACAAUUAUCUGUGUUUGUCCAUGUGAUGGAUUUUAAAAUGGAACAGAGUUUCUUAAUGAAGGCUGAAAGAGUUGGAAGAAAAAUCUAUCUUUCUCUCUCUUUUCUGCUGCAGCCACUUCUCCUGCUUCAGUCAGGUUUUCUCUCAUUUCCCCCCCCCUCACCUCAUUUUGAUUGUGCUUUUAAUAGUCUGCAUUUUUGCCCUCUUUUUUUCCUUUCCCUCACUUUUCCUUAAAAAAAAAUGAGCCACCUAUUUAUUUUAUCUCAAACAUGGGUCUAGAGACCACUCCUCUGUUUGUGUCUACAUGUGAGAGUGCCUGCGAGUGUGUGUCUGUCAUCAUUUCUUCUUUGAAAGAAAAAUGUGAUGUUUUAAAGCUGAGGGUUUUUUUUAUAGUAUAUAUAAAUGCCUGUACAGAAAGGAGUAAGUAGAGGGUUUGGUUAAAAGAAGUAUGAUCCAAAGCACUAGUCCAACAACAGUAAUAACAUUUUUCAUGGCUUGUCUGCGUUCAGACUUACAGUGGCGGUCAUCAUUCAUAUACACAUUAUCAGCAGUAUCAGUGUGGAGGGGAAGAGUACAGAGGAAACUACUGUAAAGAUGAUAGUGUUGAUUUUUUUUAUUUUAAACUUUGAAGUGUAAAAUAACUUUUUGACUCUCACUAUAUUUAAUUAAAGUUCUUUCUUCUCUGUGAAAA